AUGAAGCCUCGCGACGCCGCCUUCGUGGGCGUGGACCACCGGCGCCAGCUCGGCGGCGGGGCGGCGGCCAACCUCGCGCCGCGCCGGGACGACGACAAGGCCAAGAAGAAGCGCCAGCACAAGGCCGCCACCUUCCAGCAGCAGCCUCAGCCUCAUCAAGCUCAGCCUCAGGCGCAGCCCCAGCAGCACUACAAGCCGCCGGCCGCCGCUGCUCAGCUGCCGUCCAAAUCCGCCAAGAAGCAGGCCAAGAAGAGGGAGAACAAGGCCAAGCAGCAGCAGCAACAGCAGCAGCAGGACACCGCCGACUUGCUGCGUCAGGACAACGUCAAGAGCCGCAACCACAAGCUCGUACUGGCGCCAAAUGCGGGCUCCGCGGCCUCGUCCAACUUCCCGAGUUGGGGACCCAAGCAGAAGAAGAAGGAGGAGGCCAAAAAGCCCGCGCUCAUGUCCAUGACGGCCGACCGCGCGGUGACGGACGCACUGCACGAGGAGAUCCUCGAGUACACUGAGUACACGAAGAAGACGGUGGACAAGAUGGCCGUCCACAUUGAGCAGAUGAUCGCGAACGUGCGCGCCAGCGUGCUGUCCCUGUGGCCUCAGUCCAAAGUGGAGACUUUUGGCUCGUACUCGACGGGCAUUUGGCUGCCGAGCAGCGACGUGGACCUCGUGAUUCUGGAUGUGGUGGACGUGAACGACUCGCAGCUGACGGCCAAGCACCUCAAGGAGCUCGCGAAAGUGCUGGAGAAGAAGAAGUGGGUCGAGUCGCUGCUCGUGCUGGACACGGCCAAAGUGCCCGUGUUGAAACUGGUCAGCGCCGAGACGUCCGUGCCCAUCGACAUUACGUUUGAGUCAGCGGCAACCCACAGUGGACUACUCGCUCGCGACCUCAUCAAGCGCUACGCGGACAACAUGCCUGAGCUGUACCCGCUGGCGAUCGUUUUCAAGCAGCUGCUGCGCGAACGGGACUUGAACGACGCCUACACCGGUGGACUCAGCUCGUACUCGGUCGUGCUGAUGAUUAUCCACUUCUCCCAGCUUUGGAGAAAUGGCGAGUCGUGCUUUGAAGCAGCCUCUAUCUAUGCGUCGGGGUCGUUGCCACCCGCGCCGUCAGUGCUCGCAGCGAAGAAUCAGGCGCUCAAGGCAGCACGGAUACAGGCAGAAUCGGUAGCAGCAAGCUCGAAUAGUGUCGAGGCGUCGUCUUCUAAAGCACCAGGGACAGCAGGCGGAAACGGUUUAUUGAAGAAGUCGGCCUCGUUGCCGUCUCCAGCGCCCACCUCAUCUUAUGCAGCUAUCGUGGCUCGUGUGAAGCAGAAAGCAACGGAUGACAGCUCUACCGCUGAGCCACGAUUCAGCUACGCUGCGGUGGCAGCAGGUAUCGCCAAGGUGUCCGAGAAGAAGAAGCCUGCCGGGCCACCAUCCACCUAUGCCGCUGCGGUGUCGGCCCCACCUGGGUCGUCGUCCUCGGCAGCCAAACGCAAAAGCGUUAUCACUACGAAGAAGCAGGCGCAGGACGCUCGUCAGAUCGAUGCGGUCAGCGUGUCGAGCAGCAACGCGGACACGGAGGACUCCAGCUCGUCGUGCAGCCAUUCGUCCUCUACGGAAAGCGACGAUGAGUCGGCUCAGCCCAAGCAGCCCCCGGUGUCACUCGGCGAGCACACGCUGAUGAUCCUGGAGUUUUUCGGCAUUAUUUUCGACUACCGCAAGAACGGCUUAUCUGUGCGCGAUGGCGGAUACAUCUACAGGCUCGCGGACAACCACCGCUCGCACAUCGGCAAGCCUGCGUUGGUGAUUGAGGACCCCAUCCACCCGGACCGCAACGUGAGCGCCAGCAGCUUCGCCUUCUCCAAGGUCGUGGCGCUGUUCGAGGAUUCCUACUACGCCCUUAAGUAUUUCCGCGCGUCCAAGUUCACACCGUCGGCGCUGAGCUGUUUGCUCAGCACGUCGGGCCACACGAGCCACAGUCACAGCCACAGCCACAAAGUGCAGGCUGUCCGAUCAUAG